GGGGAUCCGGGCGCGGGAUCAGUCAACACCGAGGCCCGGCCUGAGGAGCGGCCCCCGGCUGCGGGGAGAAUCGGUGCGGUCCCCGGCGGCGUGAGCGCAUCGAAUGCACGGAUUGACCGGUGAGAGGAAGGGUCCCGACCCGGACAGAUCUUUACCUGUUAAUUUAUGGUCAACUCUUUUUACAGGGUAGAAGAAGCAGAGGAUUGAUGUUCAGGAAUCUCUAACUCGUUUAUUUCACCGGCGCCUGAACGUGUGGGAGGAUUCACUGCGUCAGCUGAUCCGCCCGGACGCCAGACAGGUCACAGCAUGGAGACAUUACUGGCCAGCUCUGAGUGUGGGCAGGGAUUAAACCAAUCUUCCCACCUGUUGACCCGACAGCAAGUUCACACUGUGGAGAAACCGUUUACCUGUCCCGAUUGUGGGAAGGGAUUCACUCAAUCGUAUCUACUGAAGAGGCACCAGCGAAUUCACACCGGGGAGAGGCCGUUCACCUGCUCUGAGUGUGGGAAGGGAUUCAUUGAAUCAUAUGCGUUACAGAAUCACCAGCGAAUUCACACUGGAGAGAGGCCGUUCACCUGCUUUGAAUGUGGGAAGGGAUUCAUUGGAUCAUAUAAGUUGCUGCUGCACCAGAGAAUUCACACAGGGGAGAAGCCGUUUGUGUGCUCUGAGUGUGGGAAGAGAUUCAUUGGAUCAUCUGAGUUACAGAUACACCAGCGAAUUCACACUGGAGAGAGGCCGUUCACCUGCUCUGAAUGUGGGAUGGGAUUUACUCGUUCAUCUCAGUUACUGAGACACCAGAGAAUUCACACGGAGGAGAGGCCAUUCACCUGCUCCGAGUGCGGGAAGGGAUUCAGCCAAUCUUCCCAACUGGUAUCCCACCAGCGAGUUCACACGGAGGAGAAACCAUUUGCCUGUCCCGAUUGUGGGAAGCGAUUCACUGUAGCAAACAACCUAAAGAUUCACCAGAGAAUUCACACCGGGGAGAGGCCGUUCAUCUGCUCCGAGUGUGGGCAGGGAUUUGCUCAAUCCUUUGCGUUGGUGGUGCAUGAGAGAAAUCACACGGGGGAGAGGCCGUUCAUCUGCUCCGAGUGUGGGAUGGGAUUCAACCAAUCUUGCAACCUGGUAUCCCACCAGCGAAUUCACACUGGGGAGAAACCAUUUGUCUGUCCCGAUUGUGGGAAGGGAUUCGCACAUUCAUCGACUUUACGAAAACAUCUCAACCUUCACCCUGGGAAGAGACCAUUCACCUGCUCUGAGUGUGGGAAGGGAUUCACUCAGGCGUCUGUGUUCCUGACACACCAGAGAAUGCACUCUGGAGAGCGGCCGUUCACCUGCGCUGAGUGUGGGAAGGGGUUCACUCAGUCGUCUGUGUUACUGAAACACCAGAGAAUUCACUCUGGAGAGCGUCCGUUCACCUGCUCUGAGUGUGGGAAGGGAUUCUCUCGGUCAUCUGUGUUAGUGGUACACCAGAGAAUUCAUUCAGGGGAGAGGCCGUUCACCUGCUCUGAGUGUGGGAAGAAAUUCACUCAAUCUUCUAACCUGAAGACACACCAGCGAAUUCACGCUAAGGAGAGGCCGUUCACUUGCUCUGAGUGUGGGAAGGGAUUCAUUGAAUCAUAUGCGUUACAGAAUCACCAGCGAAUUCACACUGGAGAGAGGCCGUUCACCUGCUUUGAAUGUGGGAAGGGAUUCAUUGGAUCAUAUAAGUUGCUGCUGCACCAGAGAAUUCACACGGGGGAGAAGCCGUUUGUCUGCUCUGAGUGUGGGAAGAGAUUCAUUGGAUCAUCUGAGUUACAGAUACACCAGCGAAUUCACACUGGAGAGAGGCCAUUCACCUGCUCUGAAUGUGGGAUGGGAUUUACUCGUUCAUCUCAGUUACUGAGACACCAGAGAAUUCACACGGAGGAGAGGCCAUUCACCUGCUCCGAGUGCGGGAAGGGAUUCAGCCAAUCUUCCCAACUGGUGUCCCACCAGCGAGUUCACACGGAGGAGAAACCAUUUGCCUGUCCCGAUUGUGGGAAGCGAUUCACUGUAGCAAACAACCUAAAGAUUCACCAGAGAAUUCACACCGGGGAGAGGCCGUUCAUCUGCUCCGAGUGCGGGAUGGGAUUCAACCAAUCUUGCAACCUGGUAUCCCACCAGCGAAUUCACACUGGGGAGAAACCAUUUGUCUGUCCCGAUUGUGGGAAGGGAUUCGCACAUUCAUCGACUUUACAAAAACAUCUCAACCUUCACCCUGGGAAGAGACCAUUCACCUGCUCUGAGUGUGGGAAGGGAUUCACUCAGGCGUCUGUGUUCCUGACACACCAGAGAAUGCACUCUGGAGAGCGGCCGUUCACCUGCUCUGAGUGUGGGAAGGGGUUCACUCAGUCGUCUGUGUUACUGAAACACCAGAGAAUUCACUCUGGAGAGCGUCCGUUCACCUGCUCUGAGUGUGGGAAGGGAUUCUCUCGAUCAUCUGUGUUAGUGGUACACCAGAGAAUUCAUUCAGGGGAGAGGCCGUUCACCUGCUCUGAGUGUGGGAAGAAAUUCACUCAAUCUUCUAACCUGAAGACACACCAGCGAAUUCACGCUGUGGAGAAACCAUUUGCCUCUCCCAACCAUGAGUAGGGUUUCACCAGUAAGUCUAACCGGGUGACCCCCCCAGAGAAUUCAUGCUGGGGAGAGAGCAUUCACCUGUCUAGUGUGUGGGCUGGGAUUGACUCGAAUAUCUGAACGAUUGACACACCAGCUCGUUCACACUGGGGGAGAAAGUUUAAUUAAGUUUCUGGUUUGUUUAGAGAUACUGACC